AUGAAUUGCAUCCAGAAUGUGAUACCUUUGCAACAGCUACAGGUGCCUACUAAGGGCUAUAAAAUCUAUUUCUUAGAGCCCGACACCCAUUGGAAUCGAAACCCGAAAGAGUUGUCUAAACGUAAUAUCCAUGGAAUACCUAAAGAGAAGCUCGAAUUAAUGGCUCAAAAAUUCGAGAGAUUGAGUGUCGAGGAUGUGGUGAAGGGCUUACCGUCGAGUCAGUCGCUCCAGAAGUCAAACUCCGAUGAAAAGGUCAACAAAGCGGCGAAUGUGUCGACAAACGCCGUCAAACAAGUGAUUUUGCGGUCCAGUAGUAGUCCUUCCAAUGCUUUCGCCAAAGAAAGUACGAAAGAGUGCAGUGAUUACGAAGAGUCGCCCCAAUCGUGCGCACAAUUGUCAGACAUGACAUCCACGUCGUCGCCCAACUCCACAGAACCCACAUCUCCUGUCACUGAGAAUCAGAUUGACAUCGAUUUGCUGUUAGCUCUCAAUCAACGCAAUACAGACUCCGAGGACUGUUCCUCUAUUAAUGCGUCCGAAGGCGGCAGUAGUUGUGGUCAGGAGUCUGGUUGGGAAAGGGAUGACGAGUUCACAUACACUCAUAAUCAACAAAUAACUGCCGGCCCUUCAGGUACUCAGCGAACUGAUAGUCCAGUCAAUGAAUCCGAUUUUAAAUUGGAGUCCGAAUCGACGGCUCAAAGCGAACGCAAACACAAAAAUGCUGUCAAAAGUCAUAGCGAUUGCAUUGAAGAGGAAAGCGCUGAAGACAUGUCUUUCGGUGAACCGAUGGACGCCUCGAAUCAAAUCAAUUGCGGUGCGAGUAGUAGUCAUCAAGAGCUGAACGGCUCGGCGAAUAACAAACGUAUGUUCAGUUUGGUUGGAGUUCCUAAGUCGCAGUCGACAUCCAACUGGGAGUUCCCUCCCUUUCCCAUCGAUCACAACAAGAUGACUGACAACGGGUCGGAAAUCAGUGUCACAUACUAUUCGCGAUCAUCGCAGACAGAGUUGAAGGAUUGGGCGCUUCUGGAGCUGAAGCAAUGCAACAAAGACUCGAACGAAGGCUUAGAGACCGAGGAUAUGGAUGGAGAAGAGCAUCCGAUCGAAGCGAAAGUUGAUCCCAAGAAAAGUGAUCUAAAAGUACGUCUCCAUAAGGGGACGAUUACUACUGAUAUGCCCGACGACUUGAGUCGCGACCAGAAGUUGAAUACAUUGCGCGAGAAGUUCCCGAAAGCGGAGAACAAUCACUUGAAUGAAAUUCUCGACGCCUGUCACGAGGACUACAAAUGGGCCGAAAAGCUGUUGAGCGAACUGAACGACGAUCACUUCGAUGUCGGCGCUCUGGAACAGCUGUCGCCCACCGGCACCGAUCGCGUCAGUAGUCCCGAAGUGGAGACGGAGUCGUCGUCGUCGACGUCCAACUCUGGCGAAGAGGAACAGUUGGAACUGCUAGUCAACCACCAGAAGGACUCGGAUGAUCCCGAGUUUGUGCUAACACUGGACCCGCUGCUCGCCGCUCAACUGCAGUCACAUUUCGGUGAUAUCACCGACACGUUGACAGAGGACGACCUGACCAUCACUUUAAGUCACGGCGUGGCCCGCCUUCUGCACCACACGUGGAAGAAGUCGUUACAUCAGAAGCCGUUGCCUCAAAACGGCGCUAAAUCUCAAAGUAUUAAUAAUCACAGCAAUAAUAAUCAUAACAACAAAGUGUCAAAUCAUAUGAAAAAGGCGUUUGUUUUCGGCGCGAGUGCUCCGAAGAGUGAGUUACAAGAGAUUAUGGACUUAGAGAUGGCUAAAGAAAUGAGUCGUAAAGAGUAUGACAACAGUCUGACCGCCGAAGCGCUCAACUCGACGUGUGAUGUGACGCGAAAACAGGCGAAAGAUUUGUAUUGUUUGGGCAAAACAAUCGACGUUUUGGACAAUUCUUUAGGACUGAGCGACGACUUUAGCAAAGAGACGGAAGUACUGAUAGCUCAGGAGAGGAAUCGGUCACAGAAUGGGUCGCCGAUGAAUGACAGUCGCGCGGCGUCUCCGGUGAAGUCGGUCCGCAAAGUUGCCGUCGAUAUCAAUGCAAACAUAUCGCAAAUCAAUGACUUAGUGGUGAAGAAGCGUGAGUUUCACGAUAAGGCGCGGCUCGCGUUCGGCCGUAAGAUGUUUGCCGUCGCCUCCUAUUACGGCGGGGAAGCCAUGAAAUUGCAGACACAGAUCGACAGACUCGGCGCACAAACAGUGGACGCAAUACUCAGUAAUAGCACAAACUCUAAUGAACUCGAUUUACACGGACUACACAUACCGGAAGUGAACUCGAUUUUGUCGGAAUAUAUGAGUCGAAAGAGUGAAGAACUGAGACGAAGUGUGGGCCGAAGGAAGCUAUCGGUGGAUAUAAUCACGGGCUAUGGGGCCACCAAAGGGGUGUUGGGACGCAUCAAACCCACAGUCAUUCAGUAUUUGAAACAAAAGAACUUAAACUAUGAAAUGGUGAAUCAGGGCGUCAUUCGCGUCACUCUAACUCAAUAAUCAUCGCGUCAUCCGAUUCAUACUUAAGAGCUUUUUAUAC